ACAUAACGAAAAUACGUAAAGAAAAUUGAAAAUUUUAAUGUGUGGGUAGAUACGACUAUGAGAACGGAGUUUUCUCAAUGGUGCACAAUAUUGGACGACUGGCUCCCAUCUAUGCAUUUAAUUCUAAUGGAAACUGAACAAGAAAUUCCAUAUUUUUUGUGAUAAAACUCCAAUUUCAGGCCACAAGCAGCAACAUGAAGAUCCAUGGUAUAGUGUGGAUACUGUUGACACUAGGGCGACCCCUUUGGGCGAGAUUUCAAGACGGAUUCACGUUCAAGACAUCCAUAUGUGAGGGCAAGGAUGGUGCCCUAUUGCCGAUGUUUGGGACAUGUCGCGGCUAUUAUAUAUGUAAUAAUGGCAAUGCGGUUGUGGGAUCCUGUGACGAAAUAAGUCGAUUCAAUCCCAUUACUUUGCAUUGCGAUGAGGCGGAUAAUGUUGAUUGCAUGUAUGAUGAUGAGAAGGCAAACAAGCUUACAGUUGAUAAACAGGUUGACUCUCAGGAAUUUCAAAGCGUGGAAAGUGACGAAGAUGAGGAUGAGGAGGAUGACGACGACGAGGAAGAAGAGGAGUUGGAACCUGUGACGACUGUCAAGCCAAAGAAACGACCGCAGAAGCAAAAAGCAAACUCCAACAACAUUUGUCUGGGCAAACGGAAUGGUUAUGCUUUGCCAAAAACGGAUUCCUGCAGCGAUUACUAUGUCUGCAAAUCGCAGCGGUCCCAACUCCGUAGUUGUCCUGGCCGGCAACAGUUCAGUCCAACUCGUCGUCUCUGCCUGCGAGCAAGUGAAGCCAAAUGUCAAGUGUCUGAAGAGCCAAAAUCGAGUCCUCCUGUUAUGGGUGGCUUCUGUUCGGAUGAAAGUGAAAGUGCCCUAGUUCCUCAUGCCAAUGAUUGUAGCAAAUUUAUGCUUUGCAGUAACAUGAUGUUUCUGGUUAUGGAUUGCCCAUUUGGUUUGCAUUUCAAUGCCGAGAAUAAACGAUGCGAUUAUCCAAAGAUUGCCAAAUGUCAAGUGGAUAAGCAAAAGCAAACAAAAUCGAAACAAAAAUUGCGAAAUCGUAAAUCGAAAAGGCUUCCUACAUUGUAACGUCAGUCUAAUAAAUUGUUAAUAAAAUCAAAACUGAUUGAAAUUUUAA